AUGACAAUGGCCAGGAAAACAGCUAGGAAGGUUGGGAAAUGCACACUGGCUCACAAAUGCCAGCGUUUAAAGAGGACUUAUCAGCGGGCCGGGCCGGUCAGGACCAUGAUGACCCGCAGCCAGUGGGCCGCCGGACACAGCUUCUUCAACAGGCUACCUGUGGAGGUCUUCCGUAUGAUCCUGGAUCGAAUGUCUGUGAUGGAAAUCAGUGUGUUCACUAUGGUGUCAAAGGAAAUCACCAGCUACGUUGUGGACUACAUCUCCUCCAUGUCCUGGAAGAACAAAACCAUCAUCCAAAGCUUCCACCCCUCCACGUGUCUUGAGGAGAGAUCUACUAUUGAAUACUACAGGGACCUUGGCUUGUUGUUCAAGAGAUGUACCCUGCUGCUACCAACGAGGGACAGGUUAAAGUUUAUCUUUAGCAAGUUCUCACAGAUUCCCUGCUUCAUGUUGGAGCAGUGCCUUGCCCCAGACUGCACUGCCUUCUCCAGAUACGGCGUCUUCCUCCAGACUCUGAUCGCUGGCUGGGAUGAGCUGGAGUGCCACAGAGUGUUCAGCUUUUUGUGCGAACUCACGAACCUGAUGCACAAGACGGAAACGGUGGUCACCGCGAAACCAGGGCUUAAGCGGUACCAGGAGCUGCAGCUUCGUCUGUUCUGCCGUCACGUUCUGUUGGACCCGUGGCCGAGCCAGGCAGAGUGCCAGUUCUGGCUAACGCUGCUCCUGAAACCCUGGCCCAUGGUCAGCCAGGCCCACUUACUGUUCGUCCUCUAUGGUCCCCUGCUGCCUGAGGGUACUCUAGGCUGGCAGGAUCUGGUGGAGAGGGGUCUGCCACACACUGCUUUGUGGGACCUAGCUAAAGCCAUCCUCAUGCUCUUUGGGAAACUAGAAGUCAAAGGCUGGACCACUGACUCGAUGCUGGCAAUCUUGGAGGAGCUAAUUGUUAUUCCUCAUCCAUGGCACGUGGAGAAUGUGGCCCGCCUUUUGGUGCUGUGUGGCAGUCGUCUUUGCUACACCGUUCUGGCCGGCAAAGCCCUCAGUGGACGGCUCUUUGAGGCUUCCAGACUCAUCAUCUACAUCAUACUGGUGUGUGAGAAGGACGGCUACCACAUGAGUUGGGCCGUGAAUCUGGUUCAGCAGAUCUGCAAGGUCUUCAGCACGGCACCGGAGAGGUUCUGCUUCAUCCAGCAGCUGGAAAACAUGUUCUCAGAAGUCACCAGGGAGUUCUUUGAGUUUUCUGUAGCUGAAAACCACUUUGGAGACAGAGAAACUUUCCAGAACCUGUGCAUCCUCUUGGACUCCAGUGCCCGCUUCCACACAAAAUUUCUCCACAUGUUCCUCAAAUAG